ACCCAACUCCACUCCUGGUCCAAGCGGCUCAAACUCCUCUCGUCUCCUCUCUCGAAAGACUCUCAGCCAUGCAAUCCAGCUACAGCAUCACCGGUGGGCCCGUCAUGAUGAGCAGGCAGAGCUACAGCUACUCAUCCAGAGCUGCGCCCAAGGCUCGGAGCUUGUCCGGACUGAACGUCAGAGGUCCUCGCAUCUCCUCUUCCACCAUGUACAAUGUCUCAUCUGGGUAUGGUGGUGGUUACGGCGCCGGGGCGGGCUCCUUCGACCUGUCCAACGCCUUGGACCAGAACAACAUUCAGCUGAACGAGAAGGCCACCAUGCAGAACCUGAAUGACCGUCUGGCCAGCUACCUGGAGAAGGUGCGAUCUCUGGAGACCGCCAACGCCAAGCUGGAGAAGCAGAUCAGAGAGUACUACGAGCAGAAGGGGCCUGCGGCCGACAGGGACUACAGCAACUACUGGGCCAUUAUCAAUGACCUGAAGGACAAGAUCAUGGCCGCCACCAUUGGCAAUGCCAACAUCCUCCUCCAGAUUGACAACUCCAAACUGGCUGCUGAUGACUUCAGAACCAAGUUCGAGCAUGAACUGAUGAUGCGGCAGUCCGUCGAGGCUGACAUCGCCAACCUGCGCCGCCUGCUCGACCAGACCACUCUGACUAAAGCUGACCUGGAGAUGCAGAUCGAAGGCCUGCAAGAUGAGCUGGCUUACCUCAAGAAGAACCACGCAGAGGAGCUGGCAGCAAUGCGAUCACAGCUGUCCGGCACAGUCAAUGUGGAGGUUGACGCCGCACCCCAACAGGACCUCAACAAAAUCCUGGAAGAGAUCCGCGCCCAGUACGAGGCUAUCACAGAUAAACACCGCCGCGACCAGGAAGCCUGGUUUAAUGAGAAGUCGGCCACCUUGUCAAAGGAGGUGACCAUCAGCACAGAAACCAUCCAGACGUCCAAGACAGAAAUCGGAGAUCUGAGACGUACGCUGCAGAGUCUGGAAAUCGCCCUGCAGUCCGAACUCAGCAUGAAAGCGGCGCUGGAGAACACGUUAGCAGACACAGAGGCUCGUUACAGCGCCAUGCUCGGCGGCUUCCAGACCACAAUCAACAUGCUCGAGUCAGAACUAGCCAACAUGCGCGCCAGCAUUGAGCAGCAGGGCCAGGACUACAGGAUGCUGCUGGACAUCAAGACCAGGCUGGAGCAGGAGAUUGCCACCUACAGGAGCCUACUGGACACAGAGGAAUCCAGGCCUAUUGGUUCAGGGAGCUCUAAGACCAAAGUCACAACAACCACUGUGCGCACCUCCAGCUAAAUGGUCCAGAUAGCAGGACAACAAACACAUGCACACACACACACAAAGCUGUUACACCUGAUUUGGGAAACUAUGGUAAAAAAUCACUGAUAGAAGAUGAAAGUUGAAUGCCGCGCUCGAGACCGAGAGGAGACGAAAGGCUGCGUUAAAGUUUAUGAAACGGAGGAAAUGUCUGUAUGUGUGUUUGCAUGUGUUGUCCAAAAAAAUAAACCUGCUGGGGAUUACAAA